CUGAAUUGCGCGUUCGCUUUUACUGUUUUGUCUUUCGCAAGCAUCCGUAGUUGGGCCCCAUAAAACGCUUUGGCCACUGAUACCCGGACGUGUGUGCUGAAGGUCGUGAAUUAAACGGGAUGACAAUGUCACUAACAAAACCAGCAAUGAGAGGCCUCCUUGCCAAGCGUUUGAGGUUUCAUUUGCCCAUUGCGUUUGGUCUUUCCCUGAUUGCCGCAAUUGCAUUCAAGUAUGCAGUAACAGAACCCAGGAAUAAGGCAUAUGCUGACUUCUACAAACAGUAUGAUGCUACGAAGGAGUUCAAUGCCAUGAAAGAAGCUGGCAUUUUUGAAAGUGUUAGGCCCUCUGGAGAAUAAAGUAAUAUCAUGUUGUGUGGUCCCCCUGCAUUCCUGGUCUGGAUUGAAUCUUUAUAAGAUUACUGGAUAUGAACAUUAAUGUCUGAUGUUCGCACGAGUAAACAAAUAAACUAUUUAAAACUUC